CACACACCAGCUGAGUCGAACUCGAUAUUGCAAGAUUCUACUCCUUUUUACUGCAAUACCCUUCUCUCGAAAUCUCGCACAUGAAUCAACAACCAUCCUUAGGUCGUUCAAGAGACAGAGAUGGCGGGCUGUUGAAACGUUCUCUAACCUCUUUAUUCUCUCUUAUGGGUCUCCAACUUGGCUCUCGUCUAUUGACCUUUGUUUUGAAUCAAGCACUAUUUCGAUUAGCCUCCCCAAAAGCAUACGGAACUGCCGCAAUCCAAUUUGAGCUUAUUUUGAGCACCAUACUGUUUCUCAGCCGGGAAGGCGUCAGGAAUGCGCUGCUCAGAGCAUGGCCGCGGGAUACCACCAUCCAUACCCAAGGAUCAGCUUCUAACGACGACCACAUACAUGCUUUGACAAAUCUAUCUGCCUUGCCAAUUAUCCUAGGAGUUCCAGUGUCUCUAGCUACGGCAGUUGCAUAUGCUACACUCGCCAGCAUCGAUGUUCGUCAUCAGCCAUAUUUUCACGUGGCCUUAUCGGCCUACGUGUUCGCCGCGUUAAGCGAGCUCUUCAACGAACCCAUGCAUAAUCGGGCCAUGGGUGAAGUUCGCACUGGAGCUAGAGUAAGAGCUGAAGGUCUCGGGAUAACAUGCAAGACCUUGGUCACUUAUCUUGUCCUCCUAUACGACUCGACCAGACCAGAAUCCGGGGAAUUUGCGCUCGUGGCUUUUGCGCUAGGCCAGCUUGCAUACAGCGUUGUGGUAUUUUUUAGUUACGUGUAUCAAAUGGGUUAUCCCACCUUCUGGCCGACGCGUCUUCCUGCACGACAGUCAUCCGAUGUGGCUGCUUCUAGAUCGACAUUCUAUCGCAUUGCCUCGCAAUACUUUGACGUUAGCAGUCUAUAUUUGUCUCUGACCAUGACCGGGCAAUCCCUUGUCAAACAUAUCUUGACAGAGGGAGACAAGAUUAUAUUGUCUUGGUGGAGCGAUUUGGAGGAUCAAGGAGGAUACGCGAUCGCCGUGAACUAUGGUUCUCUGGUUGCACGAAUAUUUUUUCAACCUCUGGAGGAAAUAUGUCGAGUCUACUUUUCAAGAAUUUUGUGCCCCACGGCUGAGGCAAAAUCCACGUCGACUGGUGCACAAUUUGACAGACACUCACUAUGUCAAGCCUCACAGAUGUUGCUGUCGCUAGUCUCCAUCCAACUAGCAUGUUCCGUCCUUGUUAUUGUAUUUGCCACGGUCUACCUUCCAAUCUUUCUGCACCUAUUGCUCCCGUCCCAGUACCUGUCAACAAGCGCCCCGAAAGUUCUCGCAGCUUGGGUUUGGUAUAUUCCUGCCCUCGCGAUCAAUGGUGUACUUGAAGCUUUCUUCUCAAGCAUCGCAACGUCUCAAGAUCUUCGAAGACAAAGCAGAUGGCUCGUUGGCUUUUCCGUCGUAUUCAUUCUUUCUGCGAUCGGAUUUUACACCUCGGGUUUCGGUGACGUCUCUCUGGUAUACGCAAACAUAAUCAACCUAGCGGUCCGGAUAAUCCACGCCGCACAAUACACGUCGACCUUCUUUAACAGACAUAAAACUGCUCAUAGAUGGAAUGCCUCAAUGCCAACAUGGCAAUUCCUUCUAGCUGCCGUGAUAUGUUACUUGGCGAUUUCCACAACCUCAAUACAUCAUCAGGCUAUUAUUCUACUUCAAACAGAAGGCCGCGGAGCAAUUCUUUCCACAGUCGUCAUAUCUCAUGUAGCGCAGGGAGUCGGGAUGGGACUGUGUUGUGUCGCAACAUGGUGGCUAACGUCUGGCCGAUACCUGGUGAAACGGGCGCCAAUAAAGAUUGAUUGAUCUGGGUGUAUAAUCUGUCAAACAUUUACUGAUGUCCCCCACUUUCCCAACCGUAUCGCAUUUUUAUCGUAAACUGCAUUUUGUAUGUGAAAUGAAUGAAUCGAUAACAUUAUCCAUGA